GGAAGGGCUCCUGCCGCCGCUCCCGCCCUCCCGGCCGCUCGGUGCCGGGGGAGCUCCUCGGUUGUGUCGGGCGUUGCACACGCGGAGCCCUGGGCGCUCGGCAGCUUUGGGAUAACGCUGGCGGGUGUUCCGUGGCGGAGGAGAGCGGCGUGAGCUUUCUGCGAAGCAUUCUUUGUUCCGAUGCUGUAUUCACCGGCUACCGGCUCCCUACGUCUGCGAACGCUCCACGGGCAUCCUCGUCCCGAACUACAGACUCGCAGGCUUCCAGUGUCGGAUCUCCGCAUUUUAUGCUCCAAAACAGUGACUAUAUCAUGGCUACGGGACCCACAGAGGUCACACAGUCACCUGAAUCAGGAGACACAGUUGAAGAGUGCACAGGAAAGAAAAAAUCCAAAUUUCAGACUUUCAAGAACUUCUUUUCCAAGAAGAAAAGGAAAGAGCCUCCACCUCCCAGGGGGGAAAGUAAUUUAAAACCUUGCCAGUCCAGCAGCGAUGUCAGCAUCGCUGCGCUCAACGCUACUGCACUUCAUUCACCGAAGGAGGCUGGGCCCAAAGGAAGCAUGGGAAACAAAGCCUUGUCCCAUGACAGUGUCUUCAUUUUUGAAUCUGCACCAGGAAAUGUGGCAGGUGAUGUGUUGUCUCAGGAAAACAUACCUGGAAGAGUGAAAAAUUUGCAGCUUCAGCUGCAGCAGAAUGUCAGACUUGGAUCACCUCCUCUUGUUAUAACUGGAAAGAAACUGGAAGAUGCAGGUGCUGUUUCUGAGGAUGAUGGUUUACCUAGAAGCCCUCCUGAAAUGUCAACCCUUCGUGAAGUUCUGACAGAUUUGCCAAACAAGUCCUCCAACCCUGUUCAGCGUCAUAGCUCUUUGAGUUUAGGCGGCACAGACAGUGAAGAUGAACAGACACCUUCUGGAGCUUCCUCCAGGCCCAUCAGUCCUUCCUCCCCUGCCACUCCGGGGGUCUCCAUCUCACGAGGCAGCAGCUUCCUUCCUGUUGACUUCACCACCCCUGCCAGUCCCCUCGGCUGCCUGGACACCUCAGCAGCCAGGCACAGGAUUGCCAUAAACCCUCGGAAACAGAAAGGCUUUACCAACAAGAAUCAGCAACCCCUCCAGGUGGAACAGCUGGAAAAUGAAGCAUGUAUUCCUGCAACUCCAGAAAAGAAGGAGAAUUCAACAGAAUUACUUGAGAGUGACAAACAUAAAAGUGAUUGGGAAGGAUUAUCAGCCCAGGUGGGACAAUUUUCAAAGGGAGGCAGUUCUGUGGAGACACCGGGUGUAAAAACUCCCGCUGAUGCUGCCUGUGACUCUUGUGAUUCCACAGCUGUGGCAGGAGGCUCCUGUGCUUUGCUGCAGGAGGAUGCAAGCCUUCCCUGCAUGGACCAUCAUCAUACAGCAGCCACACUCCCUCUGAGACCUGAGCCUUCUCCAGUGAACCUGGAGGAACACCACAGUGCAAAAGUGUUGCACUCUUCAGAUGAGUCUGCUGAUGAAUUGAAAGAACACCAGCAAAGUACUGGGACUGAAGUACUUGCACUUCCAGAGCUGCAGCAACUCAAAGGAGAAGCCGUUGUGUCUCCAGACAUACCAGCAGCUGACUUGUUUAGCAGUGGUGCGGAAACAGAGGGCAUAGAUAUAUUGGCAAGUGUGUCCUCACUAAAUUCUGUGGACCCAAACAUUAAAGCCCAGGAAAAGGGGGAUCCACUGUUUACUGGCAAAGUAGAAACCUGCUUGGGUACUGCUGAGAACCAUUCCAACUGUGCUGUCCCAGGUUCUGCACUAAGCACUUCACAGGUUGCGGUAGCUGAUUCAGAGUCUUGUGCUGGCGUUGAGACAGUGGCUGUUUUGGAGCCUGAAAACAGUUCAGUAACAAGAAAUAAGAAAGAAACUUGUGAAAUUAUGGAAUCUCAGUCACCCAAAGGCAAUGCAGAAAAAAACCCAGACACUGCUGCAUCUGUCUCGGAAGCAGGUUGCAUGCUACCUCGCGGUAAAUUGGAAGAAUGUUUUAAAGCAGAAACUGUUCCUGUUUCAAAGGGUAACAAACAGGCCAGCACAUCAUGCAUUUCCGAAAAACUUUCCAUUGGGUGUCUUGCCUCUUCGAGUUUGGCUGGCUUGAAGAGUAAUAUACCUUCUGAUGAUGACAGUGGGGAGUACCAGAUAAGCAGUACGGAUUCUCACAGAAAACCAGUGGAAGGCAAUCAGUCUUCAGAUGAAAAUGUGAAAACUCCACUGAAGACUCCUUCUGCUAAACCAGUCCGAUUUACCAUUGCACCAGCAUGGCAAAGAUCUCUCUCAGGGGGUUCAAAUUCAAAGGAAGAUUCCUAUUCCAGAAGUUCCCCAACAUCCCCUAUAAGACCAGAGUUCUUUGAGGGAAUGACAAAAGAGCACACACGUUUUGAUGCAGUCAUCCAGGAAUCAGCAAAAACCAAUUCAGAUAGAUUUGAUCAAGACUGUAAGGACAGAGAUCUGCAUUUGAAUUCUUUUAUGGAGUGGGCUGACCAUGAAACUCAAAAUGCUGAGAACCCAUUUGGGGUCAGACUAAGGAGAACAUCUUCUUUACUGAAAUACCAGAGUGAAAGCCGUGUAGAGUCUUCAAAGCUGAUCCCCUCAGCUGUUCCCAUUGCUUCUUCUGCUUCAGCCAAGGAGGAUCAGAAAUUGAUGGGAACUGGGAAGCCACCUCCAGGCCUUCCUGUCAGCACAAAAUCAGUUGUUAAAAAACCUGAUCUCCUAGAAGACAAAAAUCCCCCCAAGACCAGAUCAGAAGAAGUGGCAAAGAAGCAAAAUGGUCAUAAACCUUCAGAAAAAGUCACUCCAUAUUUGGAAACUGCUUCCUCUGAGCCAGCUUGGGUCUCCAUGGCAAAGCUAAAACAAAAGGGUUUCCAGGACCACCCUCUUGCCAAAGAACAUAAAGCUGAAGACAAAGCUUUGACCAAAGUGGAUCAGGAGGAGCAAGGGAUCUGUGCUAGUGAGAACAUACUGAAGAAGAAUCUGCCUUCCAACUUGAGCUCUCAGGAGAAGAAAAUGCAAAUGAAGACCAAUGUGUCUGCAGCAACAGGUAAAGUUGAACCUAUUUCUCAGGAAGCAUCUGUGAUUCCUGCUGUUGAAAAGGAAGCAAGGCACUCCUCUAACCUGCCAAUGACACCCUGCAGUCCUGCUGAACCACCGUGGCUGUCCCUGGCCAAGAAGAAAGCCAAAGCAUGGAGUGAAAUGCCCCAGAUUGUACAAUAGGAAAUGACAGGAGCAUCCUUCUUCGUAUUGCCAAUAGCUGCGUUAACUCCAUUUAAUCCCUUCUUUACUGUGACCAUUUUUUGGAGAAAUUAGAGCCUUAAAGCUUUUGAUCAGACUGUUGUAUGUAAAUACACGAUGAAGAAAUGCCAUUGCAGGCUUAAUUUGAUGUAUUAGGAAGCUGAACAUUUCCUGCUACUGAACACUAGGAAAACUUGAUUAAUUUUUAUAUCCUUACACAUCGAUGGUGAUGUUCUAAAGAGGACAUGCUUCAGGCUUUUGAAACAUUUCUCUAGCAAAAUAUGUUUUUAAAGUUUCUUUUAAAGAAACUCUUUCUUUUAAAGACCAUACAGUAUUUUGUGCAGUUGCUUUGAGCUAAGAAAUUAAUGUAUGCUAUAAAAUAGAUACAAUGCUGGGCACUGACGCAUCAUGACUCAUGGGCAUUGAUGUCAUCACACUUCUUUCUCUAAUGCUCUGGGAUGGGCACUCUGACUUUGCUUCAGAUUGUUAAUGGAUCUGCUUUGUGAUAGCUGUAAGAUCUUAACACAUUAUGAGUUAGAGCAGUUCUGGCUUUUGUGUGGUUUGAAGUCACAAGGCUUUGGUCUUGGUGCUUUGCUCAUAGAUACCCAGUGGAAUGGCCCAGAGCCACACAUCCAUUCUCUCCCAUGCACUGGAAAACUAUCACGCUGCAGUGUAUGCUCUGCUUUUGGUUCCACCUUUGGAAAUCUGGGGUAAUUUAGACAUUCUGCUCAAAGAAUCCAUCCUAUCUUUAAUUAUGGCAAACAGUGAUUUUUUUCUUGUGUGUGAGAUUCCUCAGCCAAUUGUCUCUCUUAAAGAGUGUGUUGGGGAUGAGAGCUCUGCUCCUUAGAAGGUGGCAUCUUGUUUUCAAGAAAUGCCACUCCCUAUGUUCAUGUGGAUAUGUAUUUAGUCAGUUGUAUUUAAUAUUAGUGAUACAAGGGGCAUCUGCUUUCCUUCUUGUCUCCUCAGUCUUUAACCUGUAACUCAACAUCAGUCUGAGAAUGUGCAGCUAGGGCAGGAUUGUUCUCUCAGGGCCUGGCCUUGCAGUCACUUAAACUGACAAAAGUUUUGCUAUUGGCUUUGAAAGACACAGACAUUUGAAAAAGAAGCUUUGUAAAAUGAUGUUAGUGGCAUAAGUGGCAGUAGCACUUAAUGGUCCUUUUCAGUUCUUGCAGCAUUGCACAUUAUAUAGCUUCUGUUUACAGUCAGUGCAAGAUGUGAAGGCUGACUUGGCUGAUGGACUGUUUUUAGCUGGAAAGUUGGUAGAUAUUUUUAAGGAUAAUAAUAUCUAUUGAUAGGAUUAACUGCAAAAUGAAAUAAAUUGGUUUCAGAUCAGCUCAAGCAAGACUUUAAUCUUCCAGUCUUGGCCUGAAUUUAAUAAGUAGCUCUUGCAAUUUGAAAACAGUAUUAAUUAUGAGGUAGAAAGUGAUUUUUUAAUUUUUUUUUUUUUCAUAUAGGUGAAAACUUACCCAAGUAGGCUCAGAAUCUGUAGAUACUCUUUAUUCUGGACUAAGACCAGAAAGAGUAGGAGUUUCACAUUGGCUUGGUAAUCAAUGCCUAUUUUAUUACUUGUUUUUCUCUGCUUUAGGGAGCAUAUCUUCUCUUACAAAGAACUGAAACAUUUGUAUUUCUCUGAAACUUUUGACUGUAAUGUAAAUGAACAUACUCAGCUUUGAUUCCUGAAGUUUUGUACAGCUGCCAUCCCAUCACAAGCUUACUGACCCUGUGAAAUACGGGCAUUUCUAUAUUCAGUAAACUCUCUUCUCUUUUUAUUAAUAUGGAUUGUGAUCCUUCAUCCAAAGUACUGCAAAUGAUACUAUAAUCUCUCUUUCCCUGUGUUUGCUUUUGAUCUUAAUACUGUUCCUGUCUUUUAUGUUUGGUAUGUAUAUAUGUUUUUGUAAUCCUUGUCUUGAAGGAACCCUGUUUGUAUUCCAUUCCCAUAUUUGGUUUACUAUUAAAUGCUGUUGCCAGUGA